AGGGUAGACUGGGAGACUGACGUACGCUAGGCUUAUCCGAUCCUCACUUGCUCAUCAUGGCGAUGGUUCCAAGGCGCGCCAUGCAGACCCCUGGAAAGGGCUUGGCGGUGAAACAGAAACCGAGCAUCCGCAAGACCAUAGAGUCGAUGGUAAGCACAGGCAGCCAGGCUGAGUAUUUCCGACCUGAGCAAACCAUCAUCAUUUUCGACUGGGACGAUACGCUUUGCCCUUCGAGCUGGAUACGCGCAAACAAGAAGGUGCUGAGCUUCUUCAAACCUGCCCCGACUACAGAGAAGUACCAGAAGCCAUUGAGGGAGUUGCAGGCUGCUGUCGAGGUCCUGCUGAAGAUGUCUAUGAAGCUGGGAACGGUUGUCAUUGUCACCAAUGCCAUGGAUCCUUGGGUGGAGACGUCGUGUCGGAAUUUUUUGCCCUCGCUGCUUCCUUUGGUGAGCUCCUUGCCGGUGAUCUAUGCACGUUCCAUCUUCGAGCAGCAAGGUGUGGACGUUGCACGCAGCCCAAGCAGGGGGUCAUCCCCGCUUUCUCGAAUGGCCAUGCCUGGGAUGUACGCGGCCAACGGCCAGAAUCGGCUGCAACAAGUCAAUGCCAAGAUGGCGCAGCAGCAGCAAACGCAAGAGAUUUCCCCUCAAAAGUGGAAAGAGGUCGCCUUCGCCCAGGAAAUUAAAGACUUUUACUCCCGCUACCAACACCAGAGCUGGAAGAAUGUGAUCAGCGUCGGUGACUCCGUCUUUGAACGUGAUGCUGUCCGUCGUGUUGUCCUGCAGCGACCAACCCCUCAGAAGAAAUGUCGCACCAAGACAUUGAAACUCUUUGAUGAUCCGGAAAUCGAGGAGCUGGUGGCCCAGGUGAAGGUUGUCUAUGAUGUGAUCAACGUGAUGGUUCAAUAUGAUGGUGACCUGGAUAUCGAGAUCGAUGAGGAAGAUCUGAAGAUGGACGGACCGCUUUUGGACAAACUGCGCGACUAGUUCCCAGGUUCCCAGUUACGAUCUGCAGGGCAAAAGUUGAGAAUGCAUGUCUCGUGCAGGUGUGAGAGGGAGUGGGAGAAUACGCAGCGGAAAGUUCCCUCUGCUGGGUGUUCUCUAGAAUGUGAC